AUUGUUGAUAACUAUAGCACUGGACCGAAAUAAACAGUACUAGUAAUCUAUAAGCAAUGCUUACGCAACAGUAGAUGAACGCCCAACCUAACUCCCAUGAAAUUGAAAGAACAAGUAAAAAAGAGUAACCCAUGUGUCCUGAAUGUGGCAAUAACAAAUAUUCACAUGUUCCCACAGGCACAGCCACAGUUUUGUUUUGAAGAACAAGGAGGGAAAACAUUACCAACAACAUUAAGAUUAUUUUAUUAAAGAAAUAUAUAAAGAGAAACGUAUAGGUAAUUCAUGAAUUAGGUCACCACUCCCAUGCCUUUGAUAAUAAUAAUAUUACAAGUCAAAACCGCACAAUAAAUACCAAUCUCUGAUCCUCUCGACCAUAAACUACCCUCUUCUACACCAUACAGUCUCAUUGAUACAUACACUUCAUCCAUAUCUUUAAUUGCUAUCUUCAAAUCAUAAAUACUUAUAUAUAUUCACACACCCUCAAACAUAAAGACUUGCCCCUACCCACAUUAAACCACUACCACCUCCUCUGUUUCUCUCUCUCUUUCUUUCUAGUUCCUUCGUAUGCUACUAGAUAUUAUCUGUUUUUUCCUAUAACUCCACACAAUAGAUCUACAAAUUAACUCAACCUGUUUUUGAAAACUUGAAUAAACCAUGUCAAAUCGCAUUGUAGCGGAGGAGGUUACUGAUUCUUAUUUUGAUUAUCUUGAAAUGGACGAACUCAGGCGCGGCCGUGCAGCCAGUGAGAUGCCAACUCUCGGACAGCUUCUCAAACAUGUUGGUGACGUAAGGAAGGAGGUUACUGGUGAUGGCAGUGAGACACCGGUGCAUCAUACUCUUGAUGUUGGUGGAAUAGAGACUCGUUCUCUUCCGUUUGUUCUUUCGUUUAACAACCUCACCUAUAGUGUUAAAGUGAAAAACAAAACGAACAUAUUUAACCGUAGCCGUGCUCCUCCAGUGAAUAGGGCUAUGACACCGGCGGUUGGGGAGACGGCGUUCAUAAAGAGUAAGACUCUUUUGAAUGAUAUCUCUGGUGAAGCACGCGACGGUGAGAUCAUGGCGUUUCUCGGAGCCAGUGGCUCUGGGAAAUCGACUUUGAUCGAUGCACUGGCAAACCGAAUUGCAAAAGGAAAGUUGAAGGGAAGUGUGAAACUGAAUGGUGAGUCGGUAGAGUCUAGUCUUCUUAAGGUAAUUUCAGCCUAUGUGAUGCAAGAUGAUCUUCUCUUUCCAAUGCUCACAGUAGAAGAAACUCUCACCUUUGCUGCUGAAUUUCGAUUACCACGAUCACUGUCAAAAUCAAAGAAAAAUGCAAGAGUCCAAGCUUUAAUUGAACAAUUAGGACUCCGGAACGCUGCAAAAACAGUCAUAGGAGACGAAGGUCACCGUGGAGUCUCUGGUGGAGAAAGGCGUCGAGUCUCAAUUGGAAUUGACAUAAUUCACGAUCCAAUUGUACUUUUCCUUGAUGAACCAACCUCAGGGCUCGAUUCUACAAGUGCAUUCAUGGUUGUGAAAGUGCUUCAGAGAAUUGCACAAAGUGGAAGCAUAGUUAUCAUGUCAAUUCAUCAACCAAGUUACAGAAUCUUAGGUAUUCUAGAUCGAAUGAUCUUCUUAUCGCGUGGCCAAGUAGUUUACAGCGGUUCACCAUCGCAGUUACCUUCAUACUUCGGAGAAUUCGGCCAUCCUAUACCAGAAGGCGAUAACCGAACAGAAUUCGCAUUAGACCUGAUUCGGGAGCUAGAAGGUUCACCAGGAGGAACAAAAAGCUUAGUUGAAUUCAACAAAUCAUGGCAAAGUAUGACGAAGCUUCACAAUUCCGAUGCAUCACACAACACAACGUCUUCACUAUCGUUGAAAGAAGCAAUCAGCGCAAGCAUUUCGCGAGGAAAAUUAGUUUCAGGCGCAACGGCUACAACAAAUUCAAAUCCAAGUCCAAACGCGACACCAUCUUCUUUAUCGUCGAUGGUGCCAGCAUAUGCAAAUCCGUUUUGGAUUGAGUUAUUAACGCUUUCAAAGCGUUCAAUAACCAAUACAAGACGAAUGCCUGAACUAUUUGGGAUAAGAUUAGGUGCUGUUGUGGUGACUGGUUUCAUACUUGCGACAAUGUUUUGGCAACUUGACAACACACCAAGAGGAGUUCAAGAAAGGCUUGGAUUCUUUGCUUUUGCUAUGUCAACUACUUUCUACACCACAGCAGAUGCAUUACCAAUAUUCAUUCAAGAACGGUACAUUUUCAUGAGAGAAACCUCUCACAAUGCUUAUAGAAGAUGGUCUUAUGUUAUUUCACAUGCUAUAGUUGCUUUACCUCCGUUGUUAUUUCUCUCUUUAGCUUUUGCCUGUAUAACCUUUUGGGCCGUUGGGCUUGAUGGUGGAUUCUCGGGCUUUUUGUUUUAUUUUGUUAUAAUUUUUGCUUCGUUUUGGGCCGGGAAUUCGUUUGUGUCUUUUCUAUCAGGUGUGGUACCUCAUGUGAUGUUGGGGUAUACUAUAGUAGUUGCAAUUCUUGCUUAUUUCUUGCUAUUUAGUGGGUUCUUUAUUAAUAGGGAUAGGAUCCCUAGGUAUUGGAUAUGGUUCCAUUACAUAUCUUUGGUUAAGUAUCCUUAUGAGGCUGUUUUGCAAAAUGAAUUUAGUGAUGUAGCUAAGUGUUUUGUGAGGGGGGUGCAAAUAUUUGAUAAUUCACCACUUGCUUCUGUUCCUGAUGCACUUAAGUUGAAAUUAUUGGAUAGCAUGAGUAACACUUUGGGAACCAAAAUCACAGCUUCUACUUGUUUGACAACUGGUGUUGAUUUGUUGAAGCAAAAUGGGGUGAUGGAUUUGAGUAAAUGGAAUUUGGUGUGGAUAACUGUGGCAUGGGGUUUCUUCUUCAGAAUUCUAUUCUACUUGGCUUUGUUGGUGGGUAGCAAGAACAAGAGGGGUUGAUGAGAUGAACAUCAUCAUCAUCAUACUUAAUUAUUUAGCAUCAGAAACAAAAACAAAAAGUUCUAUUUCAAUUUGUGUAUCCUUUACUAGUACUAGUAUUAUUUUUUCUCUAUUUUAUUUGUCAAAUUAUAAAUUACCUCUGUAAUCUUUUCUUAGUAAUUGGAAAGUGCUACGCUAUGGUACAAAAGUGUAAUACCCAUAUAGUUUUGAUUACUUCAGAAUUUGUUUAUUUGUUUAUGGCAAACAUUCGUCAAUAGAAUAAAGUAAAAAAAUCUAUUUAUAUUUUAUGCA